AGCGGUGUCAGUGGUGGCAGGCGUCAUGGACGAGCAAGAUGCACACCUUGUUACCUGUGAUGCCGUGGUGUAUGCCAGCCUUGCGGCCUCCACCUUAGACAAUACCUGGUACGAGGAUGGCGAGACCUGGCGGACUGAAUUCAAACGUGAAGAACUAUGCUCCAAGUCCACACAUAAUUUUUGGUUGAAACAGUCUUGCGAUUACUUAGAAUGUAAUAAAGUAUGCACAGGAUUUGGAGGACAUCUGCUCACAGUACCAUCACAUCUGGAGAACCUAACAACCAGUGUGCCCCUGAUGUGUCCCACAGAUGAAACACAAGUGUCAUGGACGAGUCACGACUACCAGGAAGAUGGGCCAUUAACUGCUAAGUGUCCAACUUUACUCCUCAAUGGGACGUCUGCAUUUCGGUUUUGUCUGAGCGAGCUUGAGUGCAGCCUGUGUCAAGCUCCAAUGUGGCUCCGCUUUAUGCUCUACGGUGACAUUCGAGGUUUUGACAGAGCCUUCUUCUUGAAAAGUCAACCAGGUGGAAAUAUUUACUUCGAGGGAUUGACCACUUCUAUAAUAUCCAUAAGAGGAAGUUCAUGGGUGUUGAGUUCUCGUAUACACCAUCGAUUUUGGCAGCUGGGCCACAGCUCCUGGCCCAUCGGGAGACGUGUUUGGCGCUCUGGCACUACAAAUACAACCCUGACGCUUACAUCAUGCACUGUACUCCAGUUCUCCUCUGAUGAUGGACACUGUAUUUCCCGGGAGAAACGAUGUAACAGCCUCGUUGACUUUCCUGACCGAAGUGAUGAGCUAGGGUGCCUAGACCGGGUGGUGCAGAAAAAUAAUUCAUAUGAACACCUUGUACCACCGACUCAUAACAAUGAAAAUGAAACUGAUGUAUAUUACUGGUUCAAUGUGAAGAAUAUUAGGGAGAUAACUACCACAAAUGCUAUAGCAAACAUUGAUAUGUCUGUCAUUCUUUACUGGAGUGAUCCCCGGCUCGUCAUGUGGGACGCUGGCAAUAAAGGGAUCAGUUUCUUUAUCUGUGAUGAUAUAUGGCAUCCAAAAUUAGGGAUCCGUGCUGGGUAUGAAAAUAAGGGCCAAGAAGUUAACUAUGAAGUGUACACGUCAGAAUGUGCUGUGAUUCACUCACUCAGCCACCAUCAGUACGAUAUGGAUGAUCCUUAUAUGGGAAGGUUCGUGUAUGGUGAGGAGAGGAACCUAACUAAGUUGAUGCAGCUUCUCCUAGCACUUCCCUGCAACUUUGAACUCCACCGCUACCCAUUUGGACAACAUCAAUGCAAUGCCACGUUUUACUUGAAAAUUUUUGAGGGAGAUAAGGAGUUGAAAACAAUUUUGGAAUCUGGCGAAAUAAAUUACUCAGGAAAAAAAAACCUCUUGGAUUACAAGUUGCUGAAAGUAACAUUUGAAAACACAAGUUCCUUUGCUACCCUGACACUACACUUACAGAGCCAGUGUGACUAUCACAUGUUGACUAGCUUUGCCCCCAGCGCUCUAAUGUUCAUUAUCUCCUACUCCAGUCUCUUUUUCCCUAUGGCCUUCUUCAGCGAUAGGAUCAUGGUGUCGCUCACGGCUCUGCUGGUGUUGGCUGCGCUCUUUGCCCAAGCUUCCGACUCCUACGUCAAGACGCCCUACUACAAGCUCAUCGAUGUCUGGUACGCAACCAUGAUUUGCCUCUGCUUCACUGUGGUCAUGACCAACGUGGUAACGAAUUGCCUCCAACACAUGCCCCAGGAAUUCACUUACUCGCUCGUGUCCACAAGGGAUGGUGAUGGCACAAAGCGAGGCACACCAGCCAACUCACCACGGAGGGCAGUAUAUUUUAACACUGUCAGUAAAGUGCUUCACAUUGCUCUUUUUACCUCACUGGUCACUGUCUUCAUUAUGUUUGCAACAGAUGUGAUCUAACUGAAAACUGCUUUUGUUAUGGCCAAGGUUGUGUUCAUCAGUAAAACAUGAUGCAGGUCAAAAAGUUCAGUACAGUAAUGUACCAUACAGGCUGAGGAACAAACUCAAAAUUUUAAAAUCUUAAUCAUUGUUUCCUGUGAUAAUCACAGAAGUAAACAACACAUUGCUUUCAUUGCUGGAUGAAACUCGGACUUAUAUACAGUACAAAACAUUUCUAAACAGUAUAUUGUAGUGUGUCUGAUAAGAUUUACUUAAGCUUUCCUUUACACGUCACAACUUACAUGUUAAGAGUGUAUUACGGGUACCAUAACCAAGUAAGAAUCCUUUUGUCCAUGAUAAUAUUUUAUGUUGACAUUGAUACUUUUUCUUGACUAAGAAAAUAAAUAUUGCAGUAGUAUUUAUCUCCAUGCAGCUACUGGAAGACAACUUUUGGGACUGCUGUUUGAAGGAAGAAAAAUUAUUAAUGUAUACAAAGAUAGAUAAAAGUAUAAUGGCAUGAUUUUAUAAUAGCUGCUCCAUCUUAGUCAUAGUUACUUUCAUACAUUUCCAGUUAUGCAGAACGCUGCUGUCUUUUAGUGAUAUGUACUGUACGUACAGGUAACCACGUGGCCUUAGCAACACUGGAAAACUGAACAUUGGGGAUUUGUCCCUGGACUGUGUUGAUGAGUGCUAGAGGUGGUGCUGAAGCCAGUUCAGUCACAGGAGUCAGAAGUGGCUGGAGGAAGUUUAGGGAGAUACUGUCUAUUGACAGGAGGAGAAAUUUUCUUUUGAGAGAAAGGAAAGAUGUACGCAAUUUCCGUGAGAAAUGUGAUAUAGUAAGGCACUAAAACAUGGCAGUUAUAGACGAUGACAUUCACAGGCUUGAGCAAGCUGAACUGAGAAUGGUGAGGUGGAUGUACAAUGUGAAACUGAAAGAUGGGAAAUCCUAUUCAGAAUUAAGAGGGCGGCUGGGUUUAGAAACUACAGUAAUAGUGAAGGUUUGCGUAGAAGCAGGCCGAGAUG